CUAUGUAGCUCAACCAUAUUAUCGUAAAAUUUAUCAUAAUUGUACUAUCGAUAUAAUAGACUGAUACACUUGCUUUCUACCUUUCUCUAGCACCCUCUGCAGAUCCAUCAGAGAAUCCAAAGUGUAAAGAGUGCGGUUCUAUAGACCUAGACCCUGUCUUUUUCAAUGUGUUUCAUAUGAAUCUGUGCUCGAUCUGUAAAGAGAAGUAUCCAGAAAAGUACAGCUUGAUUACUAAAACGGAGGCUAAAGAGGAUUACUUACUUACGGAUCCUGAACUGAAGGAUACGGAGUUGCUUCCACAUUGGUCAAAGCCAAACCCUCAUAAAUCAACAUGGAAUGAUAUGAUGCUAUAUAUUCGAGAAAUGGUAGAAGAAUAUGCUUUCAAAAAAUGGGAUGGGCCAGAAGGACUGGAUGCUGAAUAUGAAAGAAGAGAGGCGCAAAAAAAGGCCAAGAAAGAGAGGAAAUUUAAGGAGAAGUUGGCAGAUUUAAGAAGGAGAACAUUGACUUCGACUAAGGAAAGAAAACGACAGGAAGGACCGCAUAAACAUGAGUUUGGAUCAACAAUACGCGAUUCUGAAGGAAAGACAGUACAAAAAUGUUCAACUUGUGGUUUAGUUGUAGAGACAGAAGAAUUAUGAUAUAAGUAAACUGAUGAAUAAAAUGUCCACAAUAAGGUAACUGUAUUAUGCAGUCAUUGACAACAUUUUAUUGUUUACAAUUAGCUUCUUUGGGAGAAUAUCGAGAUUACAAAUAUUAAUUGGAAAAAUAGAUAUGUACAUGUUGUUGUUAUUACUAUUACUAUUACUAUUAUUAUUAUU